GGUCACAAGCAGGACCAGUCAUUUUAGUCGGUUGUGUCCGUCUCCAAAAUUCCUGCGACGUCACUGGGGUGUAACGUUUCCGAAACGAGUUCGCAGGAACGGUAUAAAAGCACAGGAUGCUGAUUACGGAGUAGAAACUACCGGAGUCUAGUUUCAAAUUGCACUGGAUACAUUACUCAUGACCUGAGAUUUUUCCUUAACGCCUAGUUAUUUGUGAAACGUAUUCUGUAAGCCAGAGCUGACGUGAAGAGCAGAGCGUUAGGGUAGUCCUGGAAUGUUCGCGUUGGACAUGUAGAGGACUUCAUACGGUGGCUAUUUUACAUCAGACCUUCAUCGUACUCACACGGAGGACCGAUAAAUAACCUUUUGGGGGAAAGCCGUCUUCAUUCAAGAAAACGUCCAUCAUUCAUCCUCAAACAAGAACCAGGCACUUGUUUCACUUCAAGAUGUCUUAUGUUUUGAUGACAGUUAUACUUUAUAGUCAGAUCGGAAAUAUCGUUACAGCGCGCUCAUCUGACUUCCUCACUCCUGCACUUAGUCUAAGAGCUAAGCAACAUGUCAUUAGUAUUAACCAGACACUACAUGUGACAUGCAGGGGAUCAUCACACAUAUCAUGGUCCUGGCCAAAUCAUGUAAUUAACGGAACUGAAAGAAUAAAUAUAAUUAACUUUAACAGUGGGGACAGCGAUAGACCUUACUGUAGUAACCUGACUUUAAGCAAAGCUCAGGCUAAAGACACAGGAUACUAUUACUGCAAUAGCUCAUCUUCAAAUGCUCGACAAAGAAAGACUGCGCUCUAUAUAUUUGUCAAGGACAAACACAGACCGUUUGUAGAGCAACACACAGAUGUUCCCAAAGUUGUGUAUAUGACGGAAGGAAAGAGGCUAAUUAUUCCAUGCAGGGUCACAGCCCCAGACCUCACUGUCACUUUGAAAAUGAACUUCUUAUCCUUUAUCAUUGAUGGAAAGGAGGUGAUGUGGGACAGCAAACGAGGAUUCGUUAUUCCCAAACCCACAUACAAGUUUAUUGGUCUGCUGUCAUGUGAAACCAGUGUGAAUGGAAAGACGUUUCGUUCUAUUUAUUUAACACACAGACAGGUCAAUAGCAUCAACAAUGUACAGCUCAAUGUGACCAAUCCAAUCAAGAUGCUGAGUGGAAAAACACUUGCUAUCAAGUGCACAGUGACGGCAAAACUGAAUUCAAGGGUUGAGAUUCUUUGGGAUUUCCCUGGCAAAGGGAACAGAAACACAUCUAUAACUAAUAGAAUUGACCAGACGGACCGUAGAAUAAAUACAUUUUACAGCAUCCUUGUUAUGGACAAAGUACUCACAUCUGACAAAGGGAACUACAUAUGUCAAGUAAAAAGUGGGGAAACUGUGAAGAAAAGGAAAGCAACAGUCAAUGUUUAUGAAAAACCAUUUAUUAACGCCAGAUGCCGGAAAUCAUGUAUUGCUGAUGUGCUUGCUGGGCAGGCAGCCUAUCAUUUUCCAGUAAAAGUCAAGGCAUUUCCACCACCUGAGGUUUUAUGGUUAAAGAAUGGGCAGCCUAUUACUGAAAGGUCUUCUCGUUAUAAGAUCACUGGCUAUGUUCUAACUAUAAGAGACAUUUCAGAAGAGGAUGUUGGUAGUUAUAGUAUUAUACUGAGGCUUAAACAAUGGAACCUUUACAAGAACAUCACAUUCUCUCUCAACGUAAAUGUAAAACCACAUAUAUGUGAAAAGGCAGUGUCCACUCAGAACUUUGAUCUCUACCCAUUGGGCAGCAAACAGACUCUGUCAUGCACUGCCUAUGGCAUCCCUAUUCCUAGAAUUCUAUGGGCAUGGCAACCUUGUGCCCAAAAUAGUUCAAAAGCACAGUGUGAAGCAUCAGAGACUGAAAGCAGCACUGUUUUUCUGGAUGCAUUUGGCAGCAACAUCAAUAUGCCUGGAAAUAAGAUUCAUGCCAUAAGUGAAAGACCAGAAUUACUGGAAGGGAAAGAAAAGACUGUUAGUGUUCUGGUGGUGGCUGAAGCUAAUAUUUCUGGAAUUUAUCGCUGCUUGGCUUUAAACAAAGUAGGAAAGGAUGAAAGAAAUAUUAACUUUAUUAUUACAGAUGUACCUAAUGAAUUCGGAUUUGAGAUUGGUAUGGGACAUAAUACAUUACCUACUGAAGGUGAUGACCUGAUUUUAUUCUGCCGAGCCACUAAGUUUUUAUACUCGAACAUUGCUUGCCGUCUUCUGAGCAGGAACAAUCAUACAUUGUAUCACCUCAGCAGCCUGAAUGAGAUGAACACCAAAGAAUAUUCAAUUGCUUUGAACUUUACCAUCAAAAAUGUGUCUCUGGAUCAAUCUGGGAUUUAUGAGUGCAGGGCCAGUAACAUUAUCACUCAUGAAGAGACAAUUCAAAAGCAGAGAAUUUACAUUAGAGCUCAGGAAACCCCGUAUCUUCUGCGCAACUUAAGUGACCAGGAGGUGAACAUCAGUAGUUCAAUUACUUUGGAGUGCCAGGCAGAAGGAAGACCAAUGCCCCAAAUCAUAUGGUACAAAAACAACCAGAGGUUACUUGUGGAAUCAGGUAUUACUCUGGGACCAGGAAGCAAAACGUUAAUUAUUGAAAGAGUCAAAGAAGAGGAUGAAGGCUUAUAUCAGUGCCAAGCCACAAACAGGAAAGGCGUUGUGGAGACUUCUGCUUACAUCACUGUUCGAGGACCAACAGAGAAUUCAAACCUGGAGCUGAUAACACUGACAUGUACCUGUGUGGCUGCUGCACUCUUCUGGCUGCUUCUGACUCUCUUCAUUCGUAAACUCAGAAAGCCUAGAUCAGCAGAAAUAAAAACAGACUACCUGUCAAUCAUAAUGGACCCUGACGAGGUACCGCUCGAUGAGCAAUGCGAACGCCUUCCUUACGAUGAUAAUAAAUGGGAAUUUCCUCGAGACAGACUGAAACUAGGUAAAGCUCUUGGCCGUGGGGCUUUUGGGAAGGUCGUUGAGGCUUCUGCCUUUGGCAUCAAUAAAUCAUCCACAUGUAAAACUGUUGCUAUUAAAAUGCUAAAAGAGGGGGCCACAGCCAGUGAAUACAAAGCUUUAAUGUCAGAACUAAAAAUCUUGAUUCAUAUUGGACAUCAUCUGAAUGUGGUGAAUUUGUUGGGAGCAUGCACCAGACAUGGAGGUCCUUUGAUGGUGAUUGUUGAAUACUGUAAAUAUGGCAACCUCUCCAACUAUCUGAAGAGUAAGAGGAAUAACUUUGUGCUGCAUAAGGAAACCACACUGCUGUCAGACCCAGUUCAAGAAAAGGCCUCCAUGGAGGGUAAAAAGAAAAGGCUGGCUAGUGUCACCAGCUCCGAGAGCUCCACGAGCUCUGGAUUUGAUGAAGAUAAAACUCUAAGUGAUGUUGAAGAGGAAGAGGAGGAUGCUGAUGACUUGUACAAACAACCAAUUACCAUGGAGGAUCUGAUCAGUUACAGUUUCCAGGUGGCCCGAGGCAUGGAAUUCCUGUCAUCGAGAAAGUGCAUCCAUCGAGAUCUGGCAGCAAGAAACGUCCUUUUAUCUGAGAACAAUGUAGUUAAGAUCUGUGACUUUGGACUUGCACGAGAUAUUUAUAAAGAUCCUGAUUAUGUACGAAAGGGAGAUGCAAGGCUCCCUCUCAAAUGGAUGGCCCCCGAAUCUAUAUUUGACAAAAUUUACAAUACUCAAAGUGAUGUCUGGUCUUAUGGAGUUUUGCUGUGGGAAAUAUUUUCCUUAGGAGCAUCACCAUACCCAGGAGUUCAAAUUGAUGAAGAAUUUUGCCGACGAUUAAAAGAGGGCACAAGGAUGCGAGCUCCUGAAUAUUCAACUCCAGAAAUUUAUCAAACAUUACUUGACUGCUGGCAUGUUGAUCCCAAAAAACGACCUACAUUCAUUGAGCUUGUGGAAAGGCUUGGAGAUUUAUUGCAGGCAAAUGCUCAACAGGAUGGAAAGGAUUACAUCCCACUGAGUACCAUGCUGGGAACGAAUAGUUUCCGUUUUUUAGUCCCAACGUCACCAGAUUCCUGCUUGGGAGAAGAAAUGGAGAAUUUAAAAUUUAAUUCUGAACACAAAGGAAACUUUGGAUAUAUUAACACAUGUAUGAAGAAACAGCCACAGAAUUUAAAGACGUUUGAAGAGUUACCACUUGAGCUUACAACUUUAACAGAUGAUUAUCAGUCUGAUAGUGGAAUGGUUUUAACAUCAGAAGAAUUGGAUCGUCCAAUGUGGAUGGAUAGCAAACCAAGGCAUUCACAGUCUUUUGGUUUGAAAAUAGCAAGCAAGAGGAAAGAACUAGUAUUAUCUGAAACUGUCAAUCCAGCAAGCAUCGACAGUACUGGUUACCACCUUGGAAAUGAAGGCAUUCGAACACCUGAACGUGAGAAUUUGGGCUUGCUGAAUUCCUUUGAAACAAAAAUGAGUUGUUGUACACCACCACCAGACUACAAUUCACUGGCCUUUUUUACCUCAUCACCAGUUUAAAGAAGGGCCAUUUCAUCAAUACAGCAGCAUAGUAAAUCCGCAUAUUCAAAAAGUUGCAGCACACUUAUUGCCUUUACCAACAUCAAAACAUAGUGUGCUACUCACCUACAAUAAUCGGAUGUUAAAUGUAUCCAAACACUAAUGAGCUGACAUCAAAGAUAAUGGCCCGAAAUUCAUGAUCAGUAGCAAAUCAGCUUGCCACUGAUCUUGAAGAAAGGUCCCCACAAAUCAAUCUCUGUAGCAUGGAUUUUCCCUUUGCUGAUAUCAAUUUGAAUCUGGCGCUAAAUCAAGAUAUCCAGCGAUAGAAAUGUCAUCACACAGAAGCCAAUCGAAUUGAAGUACCUUCACAGACUGCAAUUCAAGAAAUAAAAUGCUCUCAUUAUCGUUCACUUAUAGUUACAUUUUACAGAGAGCAAAAUAAAUGAUUGUGUAUACACAUGGAAAUUAGGGCUAUGGUAGUCUAAUGGUUACGUUAUUGAGUUAGUAAUCCAGAGGCCUAAACUGAUGAUUUGGAGGCAUGAGUUCAAAUCCCACCUUAGCAGCUGGUGAAUUUAAUUGAUUAAAUAAAAUGGAAAUAAAAAGUUAGGAUCAAUAUUAGUAACCACGAAACUACCAGCUUAUUGUAAAAACCCAUCUGGUUCACCUAUGUCCUUUAGAAAAUCUGCUGUCCUUACCCAGCUUGGCCUACAUGUGACUCCAGAUCCACAGCAAUGUGGUUGCCUCUUAACUGCCCUCUGAAAUAGCCUAGUAAGCCACUAUGUUGCAUUCAAGACUCACCUUCUCAAGGGUAGUUAUGGUUGGGCAAUAUACAGCAGCACCCUCAAUUAAUGCAUUAAAAAUAUAGAAGCUGAAAUAUUAUAAAUACAGUUUAAAAAUAAUGGUGUGAAUUUUAUUUUAGAUAAUAGAGAAAUUUGACAUUCCACAAAUAUAAAAUUGAUUUCCAGGGUCAGAGAGGUUUUCAGAGUAAUUGUGAAAUAUUACCUCAUUAAAGAUCCAGCUAUGCUUCAUUUAAUGAGGUGCAAUUUUUUCAAGGAUAUUACAGUGAGCCUAAUAGCAGAAAAGGGCAAGUUCCAUGAUUUCUACUUGAUUUCAGUGAUGUGACAUUUGUGGAGAACUCAACAGCACUUCCCUGUUGAGAAGUGUAGAAUCACUGACAGCAACUUCUAGAUUUCUGUAUUUAACUGUGCAUUUGCAGACUCCAGUGGGUGCUGACAAUUUCAGGGGAGUAAUGGUGGCAAAUGAUACAUUUUUUGCUGUCAUUCAUACUGCAAAAUCCUGAGCCCAACACUCCAAGGAAUAGAAUUUAUUCUCUUUUCACUUCAUGAAUUGAAUACUUUCUAUUUUACAACUAGAACAAAUACAAUCACAACUUUUGGGGUUUCCCUUUAUUUUUACACUAUUCCAAAUAUUGUAUCUAUAAAAGUACCCAGAAGAGCAUUCAAAUCUUACUUUCCUGCACCAGACAUUGACAAGCCCCAUCUGAAUUAUUAUAGGCAAUCAGUGACAUGUCAUGGACAGUUGGAUCUGAGUCCCCUCGUAGCAGAUUUUCUGUUGCCCAGUCUAAUUUCAUUACAGUAUCCACUUCAUUACUAUUCCAGACAUAUAGAUAAAUGUAAAUGCUGGUUCACUUUAGUACGUGCAAUGAAUAUUUAUAAAUCUGCUGUCAGUAUAAAGCUAAAUUAUUGAUUGCAUGAAUUGUGAUUGCUUCAGAAGUAGAAAUCCUCCUUUAGUGACACCUGCUGGCUUUAUUUUCGAUGUAUUGCUUAUUUGCUUUGUAAAGCUACAAAUCAAAUACCUGAAUUGCACUAUG